AAAAUACAAGUUGCGCUUACGCCAGUCAGGCAGUCGACGUCAGACCAAAAUGGCGCUUCGAGUAGGUUUUACAUUUGUAAAGUUAAAUUCACUACGACAAGCUACUAGGCUUCUAUCAACACACACGAGGCCGGAUGUGUGUCAGAAUGGAGGAACAUCCGAUUUUCCGGGUGCUAAAGCUCCCUACGUGAAUGAGAUAAAGUUUCUGAACGAGAACAGUUACGACCCCAUACCUAUCUAUCGAGUGAUGGACAGCAACGGACGAGUUAUCGAUAGUAGGGAGGAGCCGAAUAUCGACAAAGAGACAUUAAUCAACAUGUAUAGAAAUAUGAUCCAGUUAAAUCAGAUGGAUAAAAUUUUAUACGAAUCGCAGAGACAAGGUCGCAUAUCCUUCUACAUGACGAACUACGGGGAGGAGGGUAUCCAUAUGGGGAGCGCCGCAGCCUUAUCCCCUCGGGACAUGGUGUUCGCGCAAUACCGAGAAGUCGGAGUACUCCUGCAACGGGGCAUGACUGUCACCGAGCUGGUGAACCAGUGUUAUGGCAAUUGUGAGGACCUUGGCAAGGGACGACAGAUGCCGGUCCAUUAUGGCAGCAAGCAACACAAUAUUGUGACCUUAUCCAGUCCUUUGGCAACUCAGAUGCCCCAGGCGGUGGGCGCAGCGUAUGCACUAAAGCGCACGCCUAACAAUGACCGCUGCGUCAUUUGUUACUUCGGCGAAGGCGCGGCCUCUGAAGGCGACGCCCACGCCGCCUUUAACUUCGCUGCCACUCUUGACUGCCCCAUCAUCCUCCUAUGUAGAAACAACGGCUAUGCGAUAUCAACACCUUCAUCGGAGCAAUACAAAGGUGAUGGUAUCGCAGCGCGCGGGCCCGCGUUCGGUCUGCACACCAUCCGAGUAGACGGCACCGACACGCUCGCCGUGUACCGCGCGGUGGCCAGCGCUAGAGAACUGGCCGUCAGUAAUAAACCUGUGCUGGUGGAGGCCAUGUCUUACAGAGUAGGACAUCAUUCUACUUCAGAUGACAGCAGCGCGUAUAGACCAGUUGAAGAAAUACAAAAGUGGGCGAAAGAUGAAAGUCCGGUACAGAAACUACGGCUUUACCUCGAAGGCAAAGGGUAUUGGGACGCGGAGGCGGAGACGCAAUGUGUGAAAGAGGCACGAGAAACGGUGGUCAGAGCGAUGCAGCACGCAGAAAAGAAGAAAUUGCCGCACUGGAAGGAAAUGCUAGAAGAUGUCUAUUACGAUAUGCCACCCAGACUACAAAAACAAAUGAAAGAAAUGGAGGAGCAUCUCGAAAAAUAUCAAGAACAUUAUCCUCUGAACAAGUAUUUGAAUGAAUAAUAUUGUCACGAAUAGCAACAACAAGGCACGGAAGAAAAUUCUCAUUAUUUACGAUUAUUGUUACACGCGAAAACAUGGAGUUUUUUUUAAAAUAAAUGAAUUUGUUUUACA